CAACGGCAACGGCAACAGCAACAGCAACAGCAGCAACAACAACAACGCCAACAACAACAAUGCAAUGUUGCUCUGCCUCUUUCGUUGUCUGCUUCAUUUAUGUCUUCUUCCGCCAUGUUUCUUUUGCUUUGCGUACGACCAGCCAGCCGACCGGGGGCCCGACCGAGUCUCACACAGAAACAUUGGGCAAGUAUAAAAAUCGUGAACAAUAGAAAAACGAUUAUUAAACUCAAUUGUGCCAGCAUUGAGGCGAGUUGUCUGUUGUGUGGUGCCCAGCGUCAACUACAAAUACGAAAAAAGCAAAAAAUAAAAAUAAAACACAUAAACCAAAUAAAAUGGCAAAAUUCCUUCUUCUGGUUGUGGGCAUUGCAGCCCUGGCAGCAGCCGCUCAGGGCGCCACAGCGCCGCAAUUGCAGCGCCUGAUAGCCGAGGAGCAGAGCAAAUGCGCCAGCGGCCAAGACUCGAUGGCGUGCAUCAAAGAGCGUGCCAUGCGCUUCGUGGACAACGUGUUGAGCCAAGACAGCUUCAAGCUGUCCAACUUGGAGGUGCACACAAAUGGCCAGAAGGUGGCUCCGGUCAGCGAGGCACGCGCCAGCACCAGCGACGGCUUCCUGGAUGCCAUUGAGAACUACAUGAGCGGCCAUGAUGUCAGUCUCAAUCUGCCCUUGGCCGAUGCCAAGAUCACCGUCUCGGCACGCAAUCUGGCCAACGACGAGCUGAGCUUGAAUCUGCAGCUGAACAAUGACAAUGCCAGCGAUAUCGAAGCCAGGGGUAAGAAGGGCAACAUCUUCAAGAAGGGCAAGAAGCACCGUCUACGCAAGCUGGCCAUGCCCAUUCUGGUGCUCAUUCUGCUGAAGGCCAUCACCGUGAUACCCAUGGCAAUUGGCAUACUGAAGAUCAAGGCGUUCAAUGCGCUCGCCCUCGGCUUCUUCUCCUUCAUUGUCUCGGUUGGUUUGGCCAUUUUCCAAUUGUGCAAAAAGAUUGCGCAUGAUCAUCAUCACACCGCCCACAUCACCGCCCACGGACCGUGGGACGGCCGCAGCUUUGGCGCCGCGCUGCCCGCCGCCGUUGUGGAGCAGCCCCAGCAACAGGCCCAGGAGCUGGCCUACCAGGCCUAUGCCUAAUUCCUGAAGCCGCAAGAGCAGGCCACAAAAAUGUUGUUGAUUGUU